UCCUUGAUACUAUAGCUCAACCAAUUUUAAAGUCAUAUAAAAUAUAAAGAUUUAAGCUAUCACUGAGAUAUCAAGCCACAAUAACACCAACAGCAGUACCUAUCUUUCAAUAUUUCUAAGCUUAUUGAGACUGUGGUAUUUAAAACCGUUUGGACCCUCAGCCAUAAAAAAGAAUCGUUACUUGUAUGAGGUUUCGGAGUCAGCAUAAGUCUGGGUAGUCUGACGCUAUCUCAUUGUUUCCAUCGUUCCCUUUCUUUCCUUUCUUGGAAAACUGACCGAUAAUCCCCUGGGAACGAGAUUAGCGAAACUAGGGGAAAGCAGGUGGCCUUCAAUUCGCAUGCGUAUUUGUAACAAAUAAAAAGUUACCAAGUCAGAGGUUGAGUGAUUGUGUUAGGGAACAGCUGACUUAGUCUUUCGAGGUUUGGCUCCCUGGGACAUUGACCGAAGAAAGAUCAUGUCCGAAAGCGGUCAAAACCUCGAGAACACGCAUCCACCCAGUUCCUAUCCAUGCCAUUCCUCUCACAGUGUAACAGCCGCGCCAGUGGGACGUUGUAUGAAUAAGUGUAGAGGAGAAAUCCCCAUCGUUGAAAAAGCCAUAUGUCCGUUCAACGAAACGCAUCAAAGUUUUGCUGAAGAAGUGGACCACAAAGAAUCGUUAUAUGCCUGUGAAUCAGAAAGUUGUAAAAUACAGCAAGGCAAGAGUGAUACUGAUGGGAAAACUCAGAAAAACCGAGUGUUUGAAAGUUUUUCGUCGGCAACUUCCCUCAAGUGUAAGUCAUGCGAAAAAACUGAGACCGGAUGCGAGAGUGGGCUUGAAGUAGUAGGCGGCAUACGAAAUUACAAUUCUUUCGCCAGCGAAGCGGAUGAAAGUGGGAAAAUUUCCCACAACGAUCCAGAAAUAGAGUCAAACGGCAACAACCAACAACCGCGGAAAACGCUGAACGAAGACUGUUUGAGUGUGAGUGAACAAACUGUAGUGUCAUCCGAAGAGAGGUUGAAAUCCACCGGGGACAUGAAAUCAAUUGAACAGCGAUCACCACAAUCAGAGAAUGCGACACUUGGCAGUUUGGGAAACGGUGAAAGCAUCCCCAAAGAAGAGCGAUUUGACUAUACAAAAUACAUACCAAGUGAGGACCUUAAGGAGGAUUUUCUUAAGUCGAUUGGCAAACCUUCAAAUGGCCAGGUGUACGAUACCAAAUGCCAAUUCGCAAGUUAUCCAUUUGCCUUCCAACAGUGGCCUCUAGAGUACCAUUUCCCUCCCCAGUUUCAAAACCCUAAUGGCUACCAAUCCACUGGAGUACCACAAACUUUUUUAUCGUUCUCCAACAUGUACAAUAUGAUUCCAGCAGUAUCAACAGGUCAGGCUUCGUACACAUGCUCAUAUGGGUUUCAUGACCAAACUGGUGGACCAGGGUCUCUACAGUCACCGGGUCAAGGGUAUGACUAUUGUGUAUACCCGGCAGCCAGGCCCAGUUAUUAUCGAUCCUUCUACAGACGCAGAAAUUUGAACAAUUCAUUUCGCCACAGCAAUCACAAAAACAAUGACUCCAAUAAUUAUGAAAUCCACACUGAGACAUUUUUGAAUAAUUUCAACCAACCACAGAUUAGCAUGGAAGAAGGCCAUCAUCUGAGGAAGGUCUGUAAGAAUGAUGUCCACUUUGAGGAAAGCUCAAUUGAAGAUGGUGAUAUUCAAGAACAUUUUGUAGAUAUUGGUGAAGUCCCUGCUAAACAGGAGUCAGAAGUUUCAGGAGGUAGUGGGUCAGUGAAUCUUCAGUCCUCCCAAGAUGAAUUAAAGAAAAGUGAGAUUGAAAAACAGAUUCGUAAGAUUAAAAAGAAAUUGGCAGAAAUCAGCGGCUUAGAGGAAAAGUACCACAAAGGGGCAAACUUAGAUUGUGAUCAAUUAAAGAAAUUGUCAAGGAAGAGUGAGUUUGAAGAUCAGUUGCAAUCACUUAACUUAUCAUAGCAUUACCAUUAUGGUAUUAGUCCUUUGAUUGUGAUGUUGCAUACAUUAAGUACAAUUUACAGUGAAUGUAACAGAGUUCUUUUAUUAGGUUAAACAUGCAAACAGUGUAUAGAGUUGUGCACUAAGGCAAUAAAUUAACCCCAUCAGAAUUUUGCUUUUCUUUCUCCACAUAUCGUUACUGUAAUGUAUUAAUGCAUAAUCUUGCUAAUUUUAGUGUUAAUUUUUUUUAAGAGAUUGCCCGUAGACAUUUGAUAAUUGUGACUGUACAAACAAUUUCACUUAUCAUUUAUAGAUAGAUAUCCAUUGUCUGCACUUGUCUUUGUAAGAAAAGCAUACUUGGUCUUUCACCUUCAAAACUUCAAUGGUUAUGUACAAUUCGUGAGAACAGUUUCCAUCCAUUCUCAGAUUGGUUCAGUGAUGCACUUAAUUAAUUUGAAAUUGUUGUUGUUUGUUUCCAUUGUACAUUUCUUCCCCAGGCUAUCCAUCUGUCUGGCUCUCUUAGUUUUGGUGAAGUUCCUAUCUCAUUUUUUGCUGGUUGUUCCUUGUUCACUCUGGAAGGUUACUUUUAUUAUGUUAUAUUCUCCUUUGAAGCUGCCUUAAAUGUGGUUGUGAAAGGGCUUUCUUGAUUCACUGAGCCUUCAUUCUUCCUAAAAAGAAUGCUAUCUUGAUUUUCUUUUUGGGACCAAAGCCCUUGUGAUGUAACCCAUAAACAGGGAAUGUACAUACCACACAGAGAGAGUAAGCACAACAUUGAUCUAAUGGUGGAUUGAUUUUGGUUGUGAUGAAUUUAGUCCAUAGUGUAUCAUAUAAGAAAUGAACAUGCUAUGAAAUCAACACCAAUUUUUGAACUUGGUUCGGUUUUGGUGGUUUUCAAUUAACACACCAGUCAUAAUUUAUGAGUGUAUGUGGGCACUUGGAUGGAUAAUUUGCUUUUGUAAACAUGAGUAAUGUAAGUGAGAUGCAGUUUUUUGUGGUUUCUAAGGAAAGUAUGAAACUCCUAAGGCUGGGACUUGCACACAAUCCUGAUCUAGACUUUGCCUACUUUGUUUUAGUUUACACUCUUGUUCUCUUUUUCACACUUGGCAUGGCAGUGUGAUGAAGUCAUCAAGGUAAACUUGGCCAUGCUGGCUGUAGUUAUUCUAUGUUGAUUUCAUGGUGGCAUUGUCAGUAAACACCAAGGGAAAUGUGUGAAAAAGGGAAGAAAGAGAGCCACACAAGAUAUUUGUGAUGAUAGCAGGUCAAUAUUUAUAGCAGACACUGUUUGUAGCAAUGGUAGAAGAAACGUUUUGUCGUUUGCCUUCAUUACUGAAACAAAGAGUGUGUAAAAACAGUUUUGAUAUCUCACAAUGAAAUAAGACCAAGAUUUAAUCCUUCUUCAAAAUCCUUCUUUCAUUUGUCUUACAAAGUGCACUAGAUUAGUUAGCAAGUUAACCUUUUCUUUUUCACUUAACACUAGACACACGCUCCAAAAUCCCCCUUUGUUUUUAAACUCUUGUGCAGGCACAGUGUUUGACUGCUGUGUUGCUCUAAUUUGGUGGCUUAACUUCUGUGAUACUAAUUUUCAAUAUUUUUUUUCAAAUGUCUCAAUACAUUCGAGAAAUUAAGAAAGCAAAAGAUCAUUAUAUUAUAAUAACAGCAAUUUCCUGGUAUAAAGAAAUUAUAACAGUACUACUGUAAAGAUUAUUCCAACUGGUGAUUUCUUUCUAAACCCCCUACGCUGAGAAAUAAAUAUAGAAACAUUAGGUCCAGAACAAGGAAUACCUAAAUUUGAUAAUAAUUUGUUUUUAAGAUAGGAUCAUCACAUUAUUAUAAAACCAUCAAGCAAACAUUUUGAUCCCCAUGGCAAUAAGAAAAAAUUAAGGUCAACCAAAGUUUGCUGGGAAAGUUGCAGAUUUGAAGACCAGGGCCGGGUUGUUCAAAGGCGGGUUAAGAUAACCCAGGGUUACCGUGAAAUUUAAUUGCAGAUCUGAAAGCUUUAAAAUUAAAUUCACUUUACUGAAUUCCAUUUGUUUACAAGUUGGCGAUUGAAUGCUCUAAGAAUAAUUGGGAAAGUUAUCUUAAAACGGCUUUUGAACAGAGAAAUAUAGAAACCUGGAUUAAACUUUAACCCUGGGUUAGCACUAAUCAGUCUUCGAACAACUGGGCCCAGUGAUCUAUGAGUCAGGCAGCAAGUUGGAAACUUUUUAGUGUGUUUUGUUAUGGUCUGAGAUAAACAUUUCCAUGAAACAUUUAUUAAUUUUUCAUCACUCUUUUAUUUGUGAAAAUUUGCUUCUUUCUCCUUGUUUGUUAGAAUGAAACCUCAAGAUGUUGUGUCAUCUUCGAAAAUGAUUGUUCUCCAUUGAUCGGUUAUUGUAAAACCAGGGUGUGUUGUCAAGGUGUUUCAUGUUAUGUAAUACAUCAGUGUCAUUUUCUUUUUUUAAGUUCACCAAGUGGUGACUUUGAUGAUAGUUGAGCUUUGAGCCCCGAACAUAUAAAUCAAGAAAAUAAAUCCCCAAGUUAAUUUUAAGGGCAAAGGAGUUACUUGUAGUAGGUUAUAAGACCCAAAAGUAUAGAGAGCCAAAAGUUUUAGGGGACUCACCUUUUAGUCUCAUAGGAAGUUUGUGUAAGCACCAGAAAACAACCUGGCUUAUUUCCUUUUCUAACAGUCAUCCCAAAAUACAGAUUGUGGGUUACAAGUUUAAACCAAUAUCAGAAUGGUUAAAGGUAUUGUUAAAGAGUUGCUGUCUAGAUUUUGACUCUUUUUAAUGCCAAGGAAACCUCACGUAGCCCAUAAAAGAUGUCUGUUUAGUUCUUUCAUGUCUCCAUCCCAAUCUGCUGUUUGACCUCCCAAUGUUUUGGUUGUCUUUGGAAGUUUUCAAGCACUAGCUUGGUAGUGAUUAGAAAAACUUGAAUUUCUACAGUUUUCACAAUAGUUUGGUUACUUGAGUAAGCUUCAAAGUCAAUAUCAACUACAAGGAGAAGGUUCUUCACUUUGAACAACAAUCCGAAGAUGCAACCUAGUUGAAUCCUGUACUUCAAUAUCUCUAAUCAAUGUAAUGACUUUGAAAAAGUUGUAAGACAAAGUCAUGUAGGGUUAGUUUCUGUAAGCAACUAACAAUGGAUAAAUCAAGUUUAUCAUAUCAUGAUAGCUUUCACUGAAAUUAUAAUAUGGUUAAUUUUCCAAAAAGUCCACUGAGAUAACUUCAUCUAUUUAGGCUAGAGGUAAGUAUUGGCCUUUGCCAGUGUUAAAUGUCCAUUACUCCUAGGUAACAUAGCUGCUGACAAAGUGACCUGCACAACUCUGUUUCAAUGUGUUGAUCCCUUUAGUCAAUCCAAUUGUGAGGUCGUAAAUUUAAUAAAUGUAGAAGCUGAGGUAGCCAGAACAUAGAACCAACAAGUUCCAGGACAAAGUACAGUCAAACCUCAAUUAUCUGGACCAGUUGGGACUUAGGUAAUCAGUCUGGAUAAUGGAGAGUCCGGAUAAUCGAAAAUAUGAAUAUUAAUGAGACAAUAAUGUAAACAAAAAAAAUAAAGAUAAAAGUCUGCUUUAAUGACUCUCCGAGUGCUUGAUCUUGAAAGUGGAGGAGGUAAUGCGCUGUUUUAAACAUGCUUUUCCUGACUUUAGACAUAAUAUCUGAAUUUUUUUACCUCAUAAAGUUGAAAGAUCAAAGCUCAUUAAUAAUCAUGAAAAAAACGGGACCAGAGAAAAAGUCCGGAUAAUCGAGGUUCGACUGUGGUUGAUUAUUUCAUAAAGAUAACAAUUGCUCUUCAUGACUGAGAUAAUUUGUAUUCCUGAAUGAUUUUAUUGAUUUUAAAAUUUCCUGUUUCGUUGUGCAUUAUUUCAUUUUAGUCCGUUCUGUACUUGGACUAAUACGGACAAUUUUUAUCUCAUUAAAGGAAUCUUUAUAAUGUUAAAAAAGACUAUAUUUUAAGUAACUAUGAAAUGUUACCAGUUAAAUUGAUCAUUAUUAGGCUAAAUAACACCACCAUUUGUGAGUUACAUCUUCUGAGAUCAGCUGUUUAUUGCCCUCAAAGCAUUUAGAACUUCAUGUUGGGGGACUGGAUUUGAAGUAUAUUUAAAAUUUGUUUACUGAGAGUUCAUUUAUCUCUCAGGCACUUUGAGAUUGUUCUAAAGCAAUGUAAACAAAUGUGAUAACAUGGAUUUUACUUGAUUUAAUUUGAUUAUUUCUUUUAUUACUGGUACCGAGAAGAAUAUAAUUUAUUAUGGACUAGAGGAAAAAUUAUAAAUUGAAUUUAGGACGACAAUCUAAAUAAUAUGUCUGAGGUGAUGCUUGUUAUUUAUUUUAAAAUUGUCUACCUAUUUAUUUAUUUGUGUGUACCUAUUUAUUCAGAUUUUAUUUAUUUCUGUAGUUUACUUAUUGUCUUACAAUACAUUUUUGCAUUCAAACAGUUAUCAUGAGGUAAAUGGUUGUUUAGUUAAAACAGAUGCAAAAUAUUUGGAAAAUAUGUAAAACAUGUGGGUAAUAUAGUAUGUUUUAGUUACUGCAAAAUGUCUUAUUGUUACAUGAACAUGACAAAAUUAAAAUGUACACAUGUAUUUUUCUGUCAUGACAAAUCAUUUGGCGUAAAGGCAAUAAAGGAUUUUUCCCCAAUCUAAACACAAGAGAUUGGGGAGAAUUUGAGGCAGUUAUGUGAA